GCAGUGUGCUGCAACGUUUACAACAUGGACGCACGGGCGAUCGUGCCGCCCCUGUCGUUUGAUCUUUACAAGGGGCAAUAUGGUAAAGUAGGAAUAGUCGGUGGCUGUGCAGAGUACACAGGUGCUCCGUACUACGCUGGCAUGGCCGCUCUGAAAACGGGUGUAGAUCUAUGUCAUAUCUUUUGCACUCCCGACGCCGCGAUCCCUAUAAAGUGCUACAGCCCCGAGCUCAUUGUCCAUCCGUACCUGGGCACCGCCACCCUUGGUCGCAUCACGGCGGUGUUGCCGCGCCUGGAUGCGUUGGUUCUUGGCCCGGGCUUGGGCCGAGACCCCGACGUGUUGAGCGCCACAAAGUCGAUCGUCGCUGCCGCCACCGAGUUGCAAUUGCCGCUCGUGCUCGAUGGCGAUGCCCUCUACUUGCUUUCCACUGAUGUGUUGUUGCUUCGGAACUACACGAAUGCAAUUCUGACCCCGAAUACGAUGGAGUAUGGCCGACUGUGUGUGGCGCUGGGGUUGCUGAUUUCGCUAGAUCUUGCGGCCGCUGCGGCCAUAUCCCCACAACGAGUCGCCGCAGCGCUAGGCCAUGUGACGGUGCUUCAAAAAGGCAAGAUCGACGUGAUUUCCGACGGCUACACUACUGUGGAGCAACCUAGUCGAGGUAUUCCCAGACGAUGUGGCGGCCAAGGCGAUGUGUUGGCGGGCAGCGUGGGGGCGUUUCUAGCAUGGAGUGCGUGUCGCCUCAACCAACAACCCAAGGCGUCACUUUUGCAGCAUCCUGCCCUGUCGUUGGCAGCAUUUGGGGGUUCGCUCCUCACGCGUCAAAGUGCCGCGAUCGCAUUUGCCCAGCAUGGUCGGUCCACCACGACCCCAGACAUUUUGGCCUCCAUUCGCUCGGCAUUUGCGACUUUAUUUGAAGACUAAUGUGCAUUUUACUACAUGGG